ACGUCACACUCCUACCUGAGUUUCGGUGUGGAAAGGGAAGGACCAAAGGAGUGACGAACAUCAGCCAUUCUGAGCUCCAGCUCUCCGCCUGUCGUUGUUAUUAGUCGCCUUUCGUCGAACCGGUAAUCGGUGAGUUCGCUUCGAGGGGAGAUUGGUGGGGAGUUUGGACCCACCGAAGCGCUGUUAUUUCCAGCUGCUGGUUAACAGGCCGACGAGAUCUCCAACUUCCUGCUUUGCCCACAGUGAGGAUGGCAGUCACCCCUCGGCGUGUCCGCCUGAAGCCCUGGCUGGUCGCGCAGGUGGAAAGCGGGCGAUACCCGGGAUUGACGUGGCUUGACCGUGAGAACAUGCGCUUCAGGAUCCCAUGGAAACACGCCACACGGCACACACCCCAGCACGAGGAUGAGGACACCAUCUUUAAGGCAUGGGCUGUGGAGACCGGAAAGUUCCAGGAGGGAGUUGACGAACCUGAUCCUGCAAAGUGGAAAGCUCAGCUUCGAUGUGCCCUGAACAAAAGCAGAGAAUUCAACCUCGUCUAUGACGGCACCAAAGAGAUCCCCAUGAAUCCUUGGAAGAUAUAUGAUGUCUGUGACAUCCCUCAGCCCCUCAGCAACCACGGCUCUUCAGAUGCUGGCCCCUGGACACCCGGGGAUGAUGAUGGUCUUGAGGAAGAUAUUCCAGAUACUCCAGAGUCUCUGCCUCCAUACCCAUCUAAUGGCACCCCCUCUCCUCUCAUUAUGUGGUCUCCGAUGGGUUCUGAGUCAUCCAUGCAGCCUCCCAGCUGUCCCCCAUCAAACGAGGUCUGGCCCAAAGAGGAGCCUGUUAAACCCUGGCCUAAAGAGGAGCCCGUGGAUGUGGAGAUGCAGCAAACGACACACGACAUGCCCCCAGUUACUCUGCCCGAUCCGUCUUUGCAGCCCCCUCCCCUGCCCGACGGCUUGUUUGCCUCUCCCGAAAUGUGGAUCAGUUCCCUUCCAAUGACAGACCUGGAGGUGCAGUUUCUUUACAGAGGGAAGGAGAUGUGUCCUACAGCGACAGUCAGCAACCCGCUAGGCUGCAGGCUGUUCUACGGAGACCUCGGGCCCAUGGUCAAUCAGGAAGAGCUGUUCGGCCCAGUGAACCUGGAACAGCUACGCUUUCCGACCACGGAGCACAUCACCAAUGACAAGCAGAGGGUCUUCACUAACCGCCUUCUGGACGUGAUGGACAGAGGUCUGAUCCUGGAGGUCAGCGGCCACGAUAUCUACGCAGUCCGUCUCUGUCAGUGCAAGGUGUACUGGUCUGGCCCCUGCGCUCCAAAUCCAGCUGCUCCGAAUCUCAUAGAGCGGCAGAGGAAGGUCAAACUGUUCUGUCUUGAGUCUUUUCUCGCUGGUGUGAUAGCUCAACAGCGUGGCCAGGCACCAAUCACUCCUGACUAUGAGAUCAAUCUGUGUUUCGGGGAGGAGUGGCCAGAUGGAAGACCCAAGGAGAGGAAACUUAUCAUGGUCCAGGUCAUUCCAGUGGUGGCCCGAAUGAUAAGUGAGAUGUUUUCUAGCGACAACACGCGAUCACUUGACAGCGGCAGCAUCCGCCUCCAGAUUUCCAUCCCAGACAUCAAGGAUAACAUUGUGACCCACCUAAAGCAGCUUUACUGCCUGCUACAGACCCACCAGGGCCCGGAAAACUGGGCGUUGCCACCUGGCUCAGCCCUGAACAUCCCCCCAGCACUGCAGACUCAGUGAAACGCGUAAACCUGUGAACUAAUAAUCACCGAUCAGCCACAACAUUAAAACCACAUGCCUUA